AUGGGCCCGAGAGAAGAAAACCAAGGUCGAGGCCGAAAAGACCUGUCACGUCUCAAGCAACUCAGGGAGGUAGAGAAACUGGCCUGGAAGGACAUUGCAGGGCGCCUUGGUCGAAGCACGCACGCAGCAGAGUGUGCAUAUCACAAGGCGAAUCCCUCGCCGUCUACUCGUACGCGUUACAGCAGCGACGACAUCGAAAUGCUUAAACGACUCAAAGCGGAAGGCAACAGUGUUCAAGACAUCGCGACAGCACUGCAGCGACCUCAGACGUCCAUCGUGUCCGCAUGGGCUAGAGUGAAGAGGGCGGACCCCAAUUACAAGCGGCAGCUUUUCCAUUGGCACCCUGAAGAAGACCGUAUACUCCUCGACACUGCAAAGGACAAUCGGAGCAUCAACAAGCUCUGUGCCCUCUUACCUAACAGGACGAAAUCUGCGGUCAAACAAAGACUUUACGUUUUGAAGGUACGCGAGGCUAGACAUUCGAAUCCUCCGCCUUGA